CCACAGACUGAUUGACUCCCUGCCAUGCCGUACUGCUGCAGUAAAUCAGGCAAAAGGAGCCCCUGUCAAGUAUUGAGUGCUGUACAUCAGACUUUUCAGUUGGCCAACAUUUCUAAAAUGACUUUUUUGUCAUAAGUAAUAUUCAAAUUUUCAGAGAUACAGAAUUUGGGAUUUUCAUUAGUUUUCAGUUAUGAUCAUCAAAAUUAAAAGAAAUAAAUAUUUUAAAUAUAUUAGUCUGUAUAAUAUAAAAGUUACACUUUUUGAAUUAAAUUACUGAAAUAAAUCACCUUUUGGUUAUCUUCAAAUUUACUGAGCUGCACCUGUAUAUUGGCAGGAAACAUUAGUUCAGCACCUCAGUGCUUAAAACCAGAUGUGUGCGACCACUUCCGCUUUGAAAAGAAGGGCAACACUACUCAGGAAAUGCCAGCCCACCUCCAACAUCACCACCUGGACAAGCUAAUGCUAGCUGUAAUGCUAGGAGGCAAUGAAGAAGCUGAAAGGUGAGGCAAAAUAGAGCAUACUUGUCACUUGAAUUAUUAGCUAUUUUGGAGAAGCCAUGCCACUAUGUUUAUGGAAUCGAAGGUUAGAGGACGCCCGCUGAUGUGGAACUUCAGUGUAAAGUAACAGUCAAGUGAUCUGCUCAACACACACUUCCGGUCUUAAAAAUAAAAUCGCUGUGUUCCACAUCCUGCUUACUGAUAAUGAAAUAAGGGUGUCUCAUGUUAAGGUAAAAAAAAAAAAAGCUGUCAGCCUGUUAAGAACAGGCCACUUGAUACACUUUUCAAAGGAUUUUAAGGCACAGUUUGCACUGUUUCAAUGAACGUAACUAAUCUCAUCACAUCUUUGAUUCAUUUUUUCCGACAUUAAGUUGUUGACUGACAGUCAUAUAUUGUGCAACUGAUACUUUCACUUUUCAAUUCAUUUCAUUCAAUCCAAGUCAAUGGAACACUCACAAGAUGCCACCAGUCACACUUUCCCUUUAGAAUUUUUCAGAAAAUGUCAGUAUAUAGAAUAGCAUUGUCAGAAUAUUGCGAUGGAUAUCGUGUCAUGAGGUUGGUGUAUCGCUACAGCCCGAGUGUGUUGAGUAAAGCGUGUCCCCAUUUAAAUUUUUCAACUAAUGUUAUCGUUAUGUAAUUUCCAGCAAAAAAACAUUUGCCCAUCUGUCAACAUCUAAUCAGGUUUACGAACAAACAACGGGAGUGUAGAUUACAUUUCGGUGCACUUACUAAAUCCAGAAAGUUGUGCCAGCACUUUUUUUUUCUGCAACGAAGUCUGCACUGGUCUUACUUUAUUUAAAAAAAAAAUAAAACCCAUUCAAAGUGCAAUAAUUGUAUUGGUCAAAUGGAAUGGUGUUACAUUGUUAAUACGGACACAAACACUUCAAGCUUAUGACUUUAGACUUAAUCCGUUUUGUCCAGACUUGACUUGGACUUGCACACCUUUGCUUGAGACUUACAAAACACUAACUUUCACCCACCUCUGGUUCUGGAAUCAAUUAACCAUGAUAAACGAGAGAUUACUUAUUGUUGUGUUGAACUAACUGCAUCACACAAAAAACGAAUAGCUCUUACACUGUCAACCAAAACCAAGCAUUUAUAGCUUUAUCUCUGUACCAUUUACAGUAUAUUGGCCGGUGGGUUGCUCAGGUUCAAGAAAACAUCAGCAUCUCAGGAACUCUUGUGUUGUUGAACAGCUUGAUACACUUAUCACCAGAAUAUAUUUUAAUACAUCAAAAAUAAGUAGAUGCACAUUUUUUGACUAUAUCAAAAGGGACCCAUAGGGCAAUUUUGAAAUGAUUAAAAGGAAACAGUAGAGUCCUUGCUCAAGUUGUUGAGUGUGGUAGGAAGACUUUGCUUCCCUCCAUAAUUUCUGAGUCUGUGGGUAACAUAUUUCAACUGUAGCCGCCCCCCUUUGUAGAACAUGGCAAAAGAUUUACGCCAACAUGUCAAAGUCGUCUCUCUGCAAAGAGAAGCGAUGGUCAUUUACAUUACGUGAAACUUGCAUCAUCUUCCCAUAAACAGGAAUUGACCGUUUUCAAUAAAAAGUACAGCAACAACUUACCUGAUCAUUAUAAUUCAUGACAUGCUGUUUGAUUUUGGAUGAAUCCACCCAGGUAACAAAAUCUUCCAUAUUUCUAGAAAUAUACGGGGCAAUUUCAUAGAUUAUAAAGUGGACACUAGCGUGUUAGGUAUUCAUGAUGGUCAACUUGCAAACACAAACCUUGUGACAAGAAACGCCGGGUCUGUGACAAUCUCAGUGCCCACACGUACAUCUGAAAGCAAGUCAAGGCCCAUACAAACAUGUUUUAGUCUCUAACGCAACAGCACUGAAUGAAUACGCAGGCAUGACGACAACAGCAGCAGUAAAGGAUACGCCCUUGCUCGAUAAAGGUGAUGGCUGUUUUCAGGUUCUGAGCCAUACGAAGCCUCACCACGACGCAAGGCAGCCUCCUCCUGUGGGAGUGAUGACAGUCAUUGGACAAACAGGAAAAAGAAAAAAACACGAUCCCGCGAAUGAGCGUCCCCAGGGAGUCGCCCACCUCAUCCUUCAGGCCCCGUCAGCAACCCCCAAAGGAGCGUCCUCCGACAUGGUGUCCUCCUCACACUCCAAGAGGCUGAAGUACCUAUCAUUGGGGGUGCUGGUGUUGCAGACCACCUCAGUGGUACUCACCAUGCGCUACUCCCGCACUCUGAAGGAAGAUGGCCCCCGCUACCUGGCCUCAUCUGCCGUAGUGUCAGCAGAGGUGAUCAAGAUCAUCGUCUGCACCCUGAUAGUCUUCUUGGAGAACAAUUUAAGUCUGCAGGCCAUGAACCACUUGCUGAAGGAGGAGAUUGUGAGCAGGCCUCUAGAGACCCUGAAGUUGGCUAUUCCUGCAGGAAUCUACACGCUGCAGAACAAUCUUCUCUAUGUUGCCUUAUCCAACCUGGACGCAGUCACCUACCAGGUGACAUACCAGCUGAAGAUUCUGACCACAGCUCUGUUCUCUGUCUCCUUGCUGGGAAGAAGGCUUAAAUUAUAUCAGUGGCUUUCUCUGCUCCUCCUCAUGGCUGGGGUCACCUCAGUGCAGUGGCCCACCGAGUCUGAAGGAGACUCAGAGCAGAAAAUCCUGUCUGCCAGCACCCAGUUUGUGGGGCUGAUGGCUGUGCUGAUGGCCUGUAUAUCCAGUGGCUUUGCUGGAGUUUACUUUGAGAAAAUCCUCAAGGAGACUAAACAGAGCGUGUGGGUUCGAAACAUACAGCUGAGUUUGUUUGGGUUUGUGUUUGGUACUGUCGGGAUGUUUGUGUAUGACGGCGGGAGAGUCGCACAGUCUGGAAUUUUUCAAGGCUACAAUGUGAUCACCUGCAUGGUUGUCGUCCUGCAGGCUUUCGGCGGCUUGGUCGUAGCUGUGGUCAUUAAAUAUGCCGACAACAUCCUCAAAGGAUUUGCUACCUCUCUGUCCAUCAUUGUGUCCACGCUGAUCUCAUAUUUCCUGCUGGAGGACUUCCAACCUUCUGGUGUGUUUUUCUUAGGGGCAGUACUGGUUAUUGCAGCCACGUUUAUGUACAGCUACGAGCGCAAACCUGUCAGCGGCAGCGCUGUAAAAAUAUAAAGGAGAGAGGUUCGGCCUGGCAGCACCACAGCACAGCACAACACAAACAGAGCAGGACUCUGUGGUCUUGUGGACAUGAUACAACCCGUUACUGCAGUGACUGUAACUGGACAUGCCCAAUUACUGCAGCUCAGGAAUGCUCACAGAUAUCGGGGACUGUACUGUAUUUGAUAUUCACACGCUUUGGGCCUGAUCUACGAAGAUACUAAAUAACAAGCGCUAAAUUGCAUGAGCAAGCUAAAAAUUGUCACAUUGAAAAACUGCACAUACUAUUAGUCGGCAUGUUGCAGGUGAUCUGCUAUGAUUGCGUGUGCAAUUUUUAACAGGUGCAAAAAUGGUGCGGACAGCUUAAAUAGGAUUUUGCGUCUGCUACCGGCUGUCACCAUGGAGAGCUUGGAAGAGGAAAAAAAAAACCCCAAAGAGGUUGUGGUGGAGGAUGCAAAUAAAAACGCUGGUGAACUCCAGCAGACAUCACAUCAUCAUAAUAACUGUGAUAUUAGUGUAUUUUAUCAUUCAAUAUACAUGUUUCACACGACAACCUAUUAAGCUAUUAAAUUUAUGAUUUAUUAGGUUAUGAUGUUCAUGUGACCAUGUGGUAAAUGUACGGAAUGUACUGAAAAUGUCGAAGUAAUGUGUGAGUAGAUAUAGCUAUGUAAGCUAUAUCUACUCACACAUUGCUUCGACAGUUGCAUUGCCAGGUGAAAUCCACGCUAAAAUCCACACUAUUGCGCUAAGGCACAUGACAGGGUAGCACGAUUCGUUAUUACACCGGCAGCUGGAGUAAUCCACACGCAAUAAAAUGCAGUAUUGCAAGGAGUUUUCCCAUAGAUGUUUGUAUGGCUCCUUUUUGUGACUCAAAAAACAAAUGUCUCUAGUCCAUUCUAAACAGUUCUUUUUACAGACCAGUAUUGGCUAUUUUUUUCGUACCUGACAGUUUUGAAUGCCCACUUGCAGUGUUCCUCAGAGUGCUCCAACUCUGGUCUGUAAAAAGAAGUGUUUAGAAUGUAUGAAAGUUAGACCAAAUGAACCUCAUUGGACUAAAUGUCUCUAGAUCUCUAAAUACACCGACCGCAAACAGGUUUCAGAUUUGAUAAAUCACAUUGCAGGUGUAAAAUGAUGCCAUUUGCAUCUUCUUCUGACAAUAUUUUGUGCUUUCUGAUAAUCUGCAUAUUCAUAAAUCCUGUUAGUAGAUGAGCUUUUUUUACACUAUCAAGUUUAAGUUUACAAGUGUUUUUAUACAUGAUAACUUUGAGUAGAUCAGGCCCUUUGUGUUGAAGAAUACACAAUUAUAAAGUAGUAACAUUUUAGAGGGAGCAGGAUGUGACUUCUCAUCUUGUAAAUCCAUAUUUAUAAAGGGCUGGUUGUUGUACACAAGGGAGUGUUUGUCUUUAAAAGGGGGCGUUUCAAAGAGAGAAUUCUUGACAGAGCUUCCAUCUAGUGGUGAGCAACCAUUCUGCAGUAAGGAGGACGUGCCUCUGAUUGCCAAAUUGAUGUCUUUGUGUAGCAACAAAUGAAUAAAUUAAGGAUUGCUUUGAUCCUUCACAUAGA